AAGAACAGGACAGGACUCGCUGCUUGUUUACGGAGCCGCUCUUGAAACCUUUUCUACGAAAUGGUGCACGGCAGAAACGGAAUGCACUCUCCCUCCCGAGGCGGGAGAUGGCCUUGGGUCUAUAUAGCACCCCGCCCGCGGCCGUGACUUGGGAGUUCGGCUGCACGGCGGCGGCAGUGACCCAGCAGGUGUGGAACAGGCCCAGCGUAGGUUCAGGCAGCUGCUGAGGAAACAAGAACACUGUGAUACAAGUCUUAUAUAUUGAAAUAUGUUUCCUGGAAUGAAGUAGACAAGCAAGGUACAAAGAGUGUAAUUUAUGAGUUAUGACAGUUCAUUUAUCUUUGGACACAUAUUUGUUCUUUGUGAUUAAUCCAAAAAGUCUUUGGUGGAAGCAAAGAAACAAAUGCCUCUAUUUGUAUAGACCUAAAGUCUGCUGGAGGAUAAAUCAAGCUAUUCACUCAAAGGUUUAUCAUACAAGUGAGCCUCGGUGUAAAUGGUCCAGGAGCAGAACAUUUUGGUACAACAAAUACCUUUACAGCCAUGAUUUUUUAUACUACAGAAUUUCUAAACUUUUAACUUCAUCUUCCAAAGGACUUACAAAAGUGAGCAAUCGCAUGUCACGAAUUAAGAGUACUAUAGAAUCUGUUUCAAAGGCAGUGUCUGGCACCCACAAUGAACUGGUUUCACGGAUAGCUCGAUUGAAGUCACACUCAGGUACUUUGGGAAAAGCAAAUAAAAGUAAUGCAAAUGCAAGUAACAUCAGUGCAAAUCUAGAAAAUGAUAAACAAGUCACAGAUGCCAGAACACAGGAGGAUUGCAAAAGAGGCCUAUUUGCAAAGAAAACCACUUGUGCAAGUGAAACCUCGGAGUCUGCAUUAGUAAGCUCAAGUGACGCUAAUCAAGAUAGUCUACAGGAUUCAGCAUCUACUGAAAACCACCUUUUUCAUAUAAGCAGCUUUUCUACACAUUUUGGAGAGACUUACAACUUCGUAGCUGAUCAUAUCAACUGGUACUUCAGUAAUAAUUCUGUUAUGGACCAAGAGAAAAAAAAGAAUGCUUUAUUACAGAACUUUGAUAGUGAAGAGAAGACUAAGCUUGAUUCAGCAGAAAAUACUCUAAUGACUGAAGAGAAAAAAGUGGAUUCAGCAGCUACUUUAGCUCCUGAGGCAGAGACUCUGGGUGCUGAAAAGGCAAAUGCUGCUCUUCCAGUUUCCACAAAAAAAAGCAUUGCAAACUUUCUUUCAUAUCCCAGUAACAGUGUACAAGCUUUUGUAGACAGUUACAUUGGUGGGUUGGUUCCCAAAUUAAGAUCUGAUGCUAAAGCUGUUUCACAAGAAAAGAGUAAACAACCAGAACAGGAAAUGUCUGAGAAGGUUGAAGAGAGCAAAGCAAAAGAAGCUAAAACUUCAGAUGAAAGAGAAAAGCAUCUGUCUCUUCAGAGAGAAAAGAUCAUUGCAAGAGUGAGUAUUGAUAACAGGACUCGAGCUUUAGUUCAAGCCCUACGAAGGUCCUCUAAUCGAAGAGUCUGUAUCAGCAGGGUUGAAGAACUGACCUAUCAUCUUCUAGAAUUUCCAGAGAGCAGAGGAGUUGCGAUUAAGGAAAAAUUAAUCCCAUGCCUACUGCGACUCAGACAGGCAAAUGAUGAAAAUCUUCAGGCUGCUGUUAGAGAGACUUUAGCUAUAAUUGGAUAUACUGAUCCUGUGAAAGGCUGGGGAAUUCGAGUCCUUACUAUUGAUGGAGGAGGAACAAGGGGCUUAGUUGCACUUCAGACUCUACGGAAACUAGAAGAACUAACUGGAAAGCCAGUUCAUCAACUUUUUGACUACAUUUGCGGUGUAAGCACAGGAGCUAUAUUAGCUUUUAUGUUGGGGUUGUUCCAUAUUCCUCUGGACGAUUGUGAAGAGCUGUAUCGCAAGUUAGGAUCAGAUGUUUUUAAGCAGAACGUCAUUGUUGGAACAGUCAAAAUGGGCUGGAGCCAUGCCUUUUAUGACAGUGACAUAUGGGAAAAAAUGCUCAAAGAAAAAAUGGGCUCCGAUCUUCUGAUUGAAACAGCAAGAAAUUCCACAUGUCCAAAGGUAUCUGCAGUGAGCACCAUCGUAAACAGAGGAACACCACUGAAAGCAUUUGUUUUCAGAAACUACAAUCACUUUCCUGGUGUUAAGUCUCAUUACAUGGGAGGCUGUCAGUAUAAACUGUGGCAAGCCAUUAGAGCAUCAUCUGCUGCACCAGGUUACUUUCAGGAAUAUGUUUUGGGCAAUGAUCUUCAUCAGGAUGGAGGUCUGCUUCUGAAUAAUCCUUCUGCUCUGGCAGUUCAUGAGUGCAAGUGUCUUUGGCCAAAUGUUCCAUUGCAGUGUCUAAUAUCACUGGGCACUGGCCGAUAUGAAAGCGAGGGAAAGACCAAUGUCACAUACACCAGUUUGAAAGCCAAGCUCACAAAUGUUAUCAGCAGUGCAACUGAUACAGAAGAAGUUCACACCAUGCUGGAUGCACUGUUGCCUUCAGAUACCUAUUUCAGAUUUAACCCUCUCAUGAAUGAAGACAUACCUCUGGACGAAAGUCGUAAAGAGAAACUCAAUCAGCUGCAGACAGAUGGGAUUCGUUAUUUAGAACGAAAUGAAGAAAAACUGAAAAAAGCCGCAAAAAUACUGACACAAGAAAAAACAGCUUUGCAGAGACUUCAGGACUGGAUGAGAUUAAAGGCUGACAUGUAUGAAGGCCUUCCAUUUUUUUCCAAAUUGUGAACAUGUAUUGCAUGAAAGAUCCUAAAUAUCAAUCCUGUUGUUCCAGAAAACCCAUGCAGUGCUAUAAGGGAAGAGUGUCUAUUGUGGGGGUAAAUAACAUCUUUGGAAUGCUAUCAGAAUUCUGCAGAAAGCAUUUCAGGAUGGCUAUUAUGUGUACAGUCUCUUGAUACAAGAUUUUCAUGGGGUUACUUGUUUUUUUGAACUUAAUUGAUUUUACCAUUGUUUUGCGUAACGUUUCUGAAAGUCUGUUAAACUGAAAAUUAUGAGAACAAUUGUGCUCUGCAUUUUUGAAUGUGUGUACCAUAAUUAUGGUGGCAGUAAAACUGUAUUUAUCAACUACCGGACUUAAUCAAAACCAAAAACUGAUCCCCAUUCACUUCAGUGUAGGCAGUUGUACUUGUUAGGCUCUUGUGCAGCCUGUGAACUUAACAGAGAUGUAACGUUGUUACAAAAACUUGGCCUGUGUUAAUUGCACUUUUACAUUUGAAAGGUAACAUUGAAAUUCUUUAUUAUUAUUUUUGGUGGGCUUUGUACAUAGUAAUAUUGAGUAAGAGAGAUGACUAUAAAUGGCAUAUUAAAUUAUCAAAAUUAACUGA